AAGCACAUUUUAGCUACGCCUGCUACUCAGCAGGAGGCUGCUGUCUUUAUGUGGUCAUAUUUUCUUCAAGAAAAUGGAUGUUAAUCAAUAGAUGAGUGAUUAUCUAAACAGAUCUUUCUUUUGGAACUUCACAUUCCAUGAGGAUGUUGAAUCACUUGCUAUCUCGGAUGUUUACUUGUCUUCUUUUGGUUUUGCUGUUCAACUUCGAUAGAGUUUUAUUGACAUUAGGCAAUGACCAGCUCUGCCAGAAUACAGAAAAACUGCUGUCCGAGUUCCCGAAAACUGUCGAUAAAUCUAACAGAUGCAUGUUGAGCUGUACAAUGCAGACAUGGAUGUCACUGGCUAGUGGAAACCGAACAAUAACUUUGCUCCUCCAUGCGACUGCUCCCGGGAAGGAUAACAGAUUCUGUUGGCCUCGACACCUGCUGUGUGUAAAAGGAAAACGUCUCCACAAAGCUUAUGUUCUUCUACCUUUGCAAGAGGGAAAACUGCAGCCAGAUUCUGUUGUCCACCUACAGACUCUGGGGUCUUCCAAAAAAAGCCUAUUGGAAUCAGAACAGAGCCAGUCAAUUUUUGGUAGUGAGUGUGGCCUCCUCUUUGAUAUUACUCAGUUCAUCAUGGUCACAGAGAAUAUGGUUGAGAUAUGUGUGGAGCCACUGCUGAAUGGACAUCCAGCUUUUAGUUCAGUAAUGGAUGGUCUCAAAUGCCAACCAUUUCUUGGUACAAUUUGGAAAAAACAACAUCAUUCCAUUCAAUAAAUGCCUCUUAUAUUUUAUGCCACAGCAGACAAAUAUAGAAAUGCACUGCAACUUUUAGAGUUAUAUAUGUAUGUAUGUAUGUAUGUAUGUCUGGACUGGGUUUUCAUAAUAUACUUUUUUACAUUUUCAUUUACUGCAUAUUCAUUUUCUUUAGCUUUAUUUGUGAAUGGGUAAUGAAUGGAAUCAAGGACUAAAGCAACAUAUUUAAUGUUUUAUUUAAGUUCCUCUAUUUAUAAAAAUACAAUUGUUAUUAUAUUUUUCAAAAUCUUCAGUUGUCCCCAUACAUUGUUUUCCUGCAUUAGCUUAUCUAUCUGCUGUACAAACAUGAGCUGUUUUGAAUUAACUAUAGGAAGCAGAAAUGUAAUUGCAUGGUUUAACAUGGCAUCACUCCAUCCACAGAUUGAUCCACUUUCUGUAAUGUUUUCAUCAGGGAGCCAUAGCAAGCCUGUCCAACAGAUUCACACACACAUCCUAAUACCAAGGUUAAAAAUAGAUUACAGGGAAGGUAACACAUUAACCAUUUAUCGUAAUCCAUGCUGGUUUAUUUUCUUUGCCUUCACAGUAAUGUAUAAAGGAAUGGAUGAUAACACUCAAUAUAAAGAGUGAUCCUCAAAAUAAGCUCAUUACCAUUAUGCCAGUUGAGUGAUGGCCAGUAAAUUAUGCACAUUUACAUGCAUUUUCAAAUAAGAAUGGAGACAUUGUCAAAGUAGUUGUAAAGAUUUUAUUCAAAAUUUGGACAUAAAUGCAACUCAGGAAAAUGUAUAGGUUUACCGACAGUGAGCUGCAUUGAAAGUAAUUUUAUCUUUAUAUGUUAGUUUGCAAGAAUGUUUUCUUUCUUUGCUAGACAAUUUGUAAUUUUAAAGAAAACGGUCUGCCAAAAUCAGUUAUGCUGAAACAAAUCUAAAACAUUAUUUAAGGAAAUAUUUGCUAUGUGUAUUAUAUUUAUCAUGUAUAGUAUAGCCUCUCCAUUCCAAAAGAAAUAAUUAUAUAAUCAAGAACAUUUUAAAUUAACUUUUGCUCUGAAACAGUAUUAAAAUGCAGACUCUCCUCACUGUCAACAGGUAAACAUAAAUACAGAAACACAAACUUACAAAUAUUGUGCACAUGUGCACCAGUUACACCGAUCUUACACUUAAAAGGAUAAACUGGUUAUAUUAUUUCAGUCUGAAUAAUAAAUUAGGUACUUUCUAGUUUGUAAAGAUUUAUGCAUGUUUAAAAAUCCACGUGUUUUAAGAGCAUUAAGCUUCGUUGAAAUGUUUAUUCCUGAGAGUAGAAUAAGAGCACUGAUGUGAAGAAAGCAUAUGUUUAAUAAUACAAAACAUUUAACACAAAAAAAUGUUAAAUGUAGUUUUUAUACAAAAUAACAUAUUAUACAUGUACAGGUGUGAUGGUGAUUAUUUAAAGACAUUAUAAAUGUGUAAUAAUUAAUGCAUUGUUUCUAUAAUCAAUGAAGUGCCAAUUACAGUCAGUCAGUCA